CUUUUUUUCCUCUUCCCCUAUGAAAAUCGCAGAGAUCAACAUAGAUGUGCGCUAUUCUGCGUGGAAAAGCUUGAUAAGCCUUUCCAAAUCCAGCCAUUCAGACUAAAUGCCUAUCCCCAUGGCAUCAGGGUAUCAGCGUCGCUUGUGGCGCUACAUAGAUGCAGGUCACCGUCGCAAGCUGCGCAGGCUCCUGCGACGACACAGGCAAGCACUGAACCUGAGUGAGACUGUGGGGCACAAAAAUCGCACCCCCCUGCAUCGAUCCUGUGCCCGACAGGACCACAGAACUGCCAUCCUCUUGAUGAAGUAUGGAGCGGAUCCUUUCCUUCUGGAUCAGCGUGGAGACACAGCUCUACAUGUGGCUGCCCGGCAAGCUGCACGCAAGGGAGGCACUGUGUAUGAAGACCUGUUUGUUCCUUUGCGAAAUCAGUGCCCCUCUGCCAUGAGCAUCAGAAACAGAGAUGGAAAGACACCAGGGGACCUUUUGGGACAGACAGAAGACAAAUGGUGCCCUCAGGAGAUGUUUGAGGAUGGUGAGAUGGACCUUGAGGCGGAGAGAGAGUGGAACCGCAAACUCCUCGGUGAAUGUGAAGACGAAUAUCAGGAGACCUGGUGGCGGUAUGAAGAGGAUUUUUAUACUACCAGUCCAGACCCGGAGACCUACGAAGCUUGGGCUGAUCGCAUAGCUCAUGAAUAUAGCCAGAAACGCAGGCAAACGGAGGACCGUCACCGGCAAAAGCCUAAAAAUGAACCCCAAAAGCCCGUCCUGAAGUUGCGGCCUCUCUUAGAAGAGGAGCAUCUGCUCUAUGAGAAACGUGCCCGAGCCAAAGAAGAAGAACUGAAGGCCGCUAAAAGAGCGCGUUACGAGGAGGGCUGUAGCCAGGUCUUCACCACUGACAGUUCUCAUCUUCUGAGAUAUGCAGACGUUCCCUGGCCAUGCCCAACUGGGACUGCUGAGGAAAUGGCUGCGGUGGCACUCCAUGGUACAGAUCCCUCAGACAAAGCAGCCUACCGGCGCUUCCUCCGGCGCCAACAAGCGCUGUGGCAUCCGGACAAGUUUCUUCAGCGCUGCGGCACACGCUUAGCUGAGCAGGAUCGCCACCGGAUCCUGGACACCGUCACUGCAUUAUCCCAGGCUUUCAACCGGCUAGCUGAGGCAGCCAGGUGAUGCUUUGCUGUCAGUCUCUUGUAGGUUAAUAAAGUUUUGUCUUUUUGA